AUGAUGAGAUGUGGUGUUAAAGAAAUCCCUGAAAGGUACAUUUUGAAGAGAUGGAGAAAGGAUGUGAUAUCAAGAAAUUAUCGUUUUAGUUCUGUUCAAUCCGAUUCAGGUGAUUGUGAGAGUGUAAAGCUAGUCAAUGAUUCAUAUUAUACUUUUGAAUCAUGUUUGGAUAUUGUAAGAGAUGACAAAAAGAGAUUGGCUUUGUUUGCUGAGAAACAACAAAUGUUGUUGAAGGAAUUUGAUAGUGAUUAUAUUUCUCCUGGAUUGAAAAGCAAGACAGAUGGUGAAGUCGUAUGCAAGCUUUUGGGUGUUACUAUUCCUAUUCCAGAAGAGAUUAAUAUUCAUGUUCCUGAAGUUCAAAGCAAUAAAGGUUCUGGAAUCAAGAAAAGAAUUCCAAGUGCAGGUGAAGUAGCAUACAAAAAUUCUAAAAAAGAACAUAAAAUGUGUUCAGGAUGUGGAAAACGAGUUCCACACAAUUUACGUACUUGUCCAGAAAGAGUUGGAGCUGCUAAAUCAACAAAAGACAGUUAG